UAACAAGAGGAGAAUCAUAUCACCAUAGUGUAAAUCAGCCAGAGCCAGAGCAAUGAAAACUAGGAGCUUUGGAAACAAGAAAAUUAGUGUGAUGAGACUAAGUAACUAGGAUCAUCUCUCCAUUACACAGUUCCAACUUCAGUACAUCCACCAAUUUCAUGCAUAGAAUGCAGAAAGACACAAUUUUUUGUAACCAUGCAGCAGGCAUGAGCUAAUUAAGUGAUCAUAAGCAGAGUAGGGAGCGAUGGCUGAGCUGGUAGGAUACGCCUCCAGCGCGCGCGGGAUCAUCAAGACGAUCAUGGACGCCGUGCAGACGGCGAAGCGGAACAAGAGGCAGUGCCGGGAGCUGGAGGAGCGCGUGAGGAUGGUCUCCGCCGUGCUGAGCCGCCACGACGACCACCAGCCGCCGAGUACGACGGCGGCGAGGGAGGCGGCGGUGGCCGGGCUCGACGCCGCGCUCCGGGAGGCGCACGAGCUCGCCGUCACGUUCGUGGGCGGCGGCGGCGGCAAGCGGGUGAUGCGGCGCCUCCUCUGGGUGCGGCGGGUGGUGAACGCCGGGAGGGAGGCCGAGAGGCUCGCCGACGUCCUGAGCAAGAUCGACUUCUACCUCUCGCUCUACCCGGCCAUUGCCCAUGCCGACGUGGCACGUCGCCUGGACCGGGUGCUGUGGACGACCACCGUGGGUGUCGUCGUAUCCGCCGUCUCCUUCGCUGGGUUUGUUGUUAUCUCCAUCUCCAUGGUUUUACGGAAGAAGUAUUAAUUAGAGAUAGAAUUGUAUAAUCUUACUAUAACAGUUUAUGGACUGUUUGAGGGCUUCUAUUAGUUAUAACUUCUCACGUAAUCUUUAGAAAUCAGAAGCUCUUUCAAACAUCAUUUUGGCUUCUUGGAAUCUGGAGUCGUAGAAUUCAGAAAAUAAACUAGAAACCAGAAGCUGAGAAACUUUUUUAUAUUUUGAGACGGUUACUUUUUAGAAUCUUAAGCUACUCCAAACAAGUUCAACAUCUGUUGCAUUAGAGUUUUGUUGUAAUCUCUGCUACCUUCGAUAUGUAUGCAAUCGCUCCCUCACGUUCAAAGGCAUGGUGUCUCAAUGUAUCAUAAUUUUCAACAAGAAGUAAUGUAGUGGCGCGUAUGUAUGCAAAAGAAACUUUUCAGUGUAAUCAUUUUACUUGUGUUGCGUAUGUAUGUGUC